AGAGUUGAGAACAGAGCAAUUUCAGUGUCAAAAAAGACCAUCCUAACCUGGGAAGGUGGGGAGAGCGUGGUACCCAGGCACUGCGUGCUAAGUGGCUGGGGUGGAGAAACAAGCUGCAAAGGAUUGGCUAGCACAGGAAGGAAAUCUGAUAAAGCCACUCGAGAGCCAGCAGUAUGAACAGUGCAGCAUUGCACAGCUCCAGAGCCAGCUCAGAAGGGAAGACGCUGCUCCUGUCUGAGUGCCUGUGAAUGCAGACAGCUGUGUGCACCGAAACCACACACGCUGCUCCAGUCAGCUUGUGUCUCUUUGCUUUCAGCACUGCACAGCGCAGGCAGAGUUUCCAACAGGACGAGGGAGAAGCUGCUCCCGCUUGUUCUUUUAACCAGGCACGCCAAUUGGAAGAAAGUUGGGUAAUUACUUGGUUCUGGGAUACUGGCCACAAUGACUUUGAUGAUUCAAAGUCAAGGAACAGUCUCUGAGAGGGCCUGAGCUUGACACUCUUAGCCAGCAGGACUACUAGGCUAUCUCCAGAGCCGUGCAGCAUAUCCAAGCUAGGGCAGAAACUCUUGGGAACUCCUUGGGACCGUAUCCCCAUAAGGAAGAGCCCCCGAAGACAGAGAGAGCGUGCAAGAGAAAAUAAGGAAACACCGUGGAUUCAAAAGCAAAGCGAUAGCCCGUAGCUGGUUCCGGACCAAACUUCCAGCAGGUGCAGCUCUGUUCUCAGACUGGAGGAGAGGCAGUGCUGGGGAAUAUACUGCAGGGCAUGAUCCUGCCCUGGCCAGGCUGGGGUGCACCAGGUGGCCCAGUAGGGCCAUUCCAUCUCUAGGGUCCUUGCUGGUGGCUGGCUAGCCCUUCUCUGCUGGCUUCCGGCUGAGAAAGGAAAGCCCCAGAGCUCCACGCUCGGGUUCGUGGCCAACAGCAAAGGCAGGAAAAAAGAACAAGGGAAGGAGGGGUAAAGAAACUCCUCUGAGAAUGUCCGACCAGGAGAUCGAGGACUUUGAAGUGGACAAUCUGUCCGACACGUCCCGGAUGAUCCCCGGCCUCCCUCCUUACGACAUGGACGACCAGCUUCUUCCCUUGGAGCCCCGGAGCACCUGCUGCUGCUGGGCUUGGACCCUGCUGAUCGUCGCCACGAACUCUCUGGUCUUCCUCGUGAACUUGCUCCUGGUGGUCACCAUCUUUGCAGUCGUGCUGCUGCCGACGAUCGUGGUGGUGUACUUCGGCUUCCAGUGCCACUCCCGGGUGCUGCACUCCUCCGCCGACUACUGCAAAACCAUCCUGGACGACAACAGCUCCUCUGCCCUGAUCAUCCUCGGCUUCGUCAUCAUGUCCCCGCUCAUCGUGGUGGCCAUGGCCGUCUACUGCAGCCUGGCACGGCGCCUUCGCCUCUUCCUGUGCUUCCAGCCCUACGCCCGGGCCGUCUACAAGGGGGUGAAGUGGCGCUGGUACGAGGAGGGGGGGCUGUGCAACUGUGCCAAGGAGUGGAGCACUCAAGUCAAGGCCUGGGUAUGAGCUCGCUGCAGCGGCUCCCCCAGCCCCCUCCCCCCAAUACAUCCCCCCUUGGCACCUACAAAGUCACCAGCUGGAGUCCCCGUAGGCAUAGGCUCUCAGGGUCCCUAGGGCCAGAGGAAUGUAGCUGGGUCUGGAAUGAACCCCUCUCCUGUAGCUGUACCUAGGCCUGUAACCCUCAGCAGGUUCUCCCCAUUGUGAUGGACAAAAGCGUGUCAAAGGGGCUCGCCCUCCUCCUACUUAUGCUGGGCCAGUCAUGUCCCUGCUGGUACCGAAGAGAGAAGACUCACUGACAUAGAAAGGGGGAUACUUCAUUGAGGCUGCUGGACACAGACAGACCCUGUGCUUUUCCCUGGCUCCCAACUUCGUGCAGCUCGGUCUCAGAACACGGGAUCUCCUUAUGUCGUGGACUAGACUGAGCAGUGAUGGAAGGGGCUGCUGAUGGUGCUACAGGCACAAGGGAAAAUUAGCCGUGUGCUUAAAAAGCUCCGUCCUUUGUCCCAGAGAAGUGGACCCCUGUAAACCAUUCAGCCAGGAUGUGGCCCCCCCCUACUUAGAAUCCUAUUGUGGCUACACAGGUCUCUGGCCCCACGAAUGCACCUGUGAGUCUGGGCCUAUACGACACUCAGGAGCCGUCACCUUGUUGCACUUUGACUAUGUCCGUCCCGCUUUGCACAGCUGCUUUCGUAGCAGGUGAUAAUGGUUACUGUGUUCCUUUGUGAUUAGUGGGGACCAGGUGGCUUGGGGGAUCUCUACCGGGCUGUGGGUACCUUCCUCCCAGGGUGCUGGCCUGAACCCUGCCUGCUUUGAUGCUGGUUAUUGAAAUCUGAUGGCCACGCAGUGGCCUGCUAGACAUUGGGUAUUGUCCAGUGCAGUGUUUCCCAGACGGUGGGUCCCCACCUGCCAUUGGGUCACAGGAAGGUUCUAGAUUGGUGCGGAGGGAGGGCUUGGGGGUGUGUGUGUGUGGAGAGAAACCCCGCCCCACACUCACCCCGCAGAGGCUGGGACUGGCUCCCCGCUCUGGGCAUUGAUGGCGGGGCAGCUGAGUCAAACCUGAGUGGUGCUGCGAACUGGCGGAUAGGGUCGCAGGGCCCGGAGCAGGGAGCUGGGCCCAGCCCUGCAGGAUAGCAGCCGUUGCCCCCCACCCCUUGGGGCCUCCCCUCCGCAAGCAGCCGGGAUUUGGUUUGGGAGACUGGGGGACAGGGGUUACUGCGGGUGGUCUGUGCCCCCUCGGUGGGGGAGGAGGGGAGGAGACAGCGGCAGUGGAGGAGGACCCUGCCUUUGAUUUUGGGCCCCUCCCAUGAAUCUGGACCUUUUGUCGACACAAUGGCGGGUCUGAAAAACAGACAAAACGCAGUUGGCGGGUCAUCGUAGUAAAAAGUUGGGAACCACUAGUCUAGUGGACAGGGCUCGGCAGCCAAAAGCCACUCCGGCAGCUGGCACUCGCUGACCCAUCUCGUGCCCAGUCUCCACAGACAGGCCAAGGGUUGAAUGGGCCACAGAGACCACAUUCCCCGCCCCAGCGCAGAGCUGAGGCCCGUCGGCAGGGCAGUGCAAGGGACGCGGCCCUCACUGAUAUCCCAGAUGCACAUAUAGGCACAAGGGGUUUCAUGCUCCAGGGCUCUCCGGCUGGCACCUUUCACCCGUACGAGGGGUUUGUUUCUGGGGGAGGGGGCCACACAUUCUAAACCUACCCCUGCAAGAGAUCCAGCCUGGGUUCCCAUCCUCACCCGGUACCGGAGAACUAACACAGGGCCUGGUCCAUUGCCCAGCAACGUCAAGGAGAGUCUCUCCCUGGGCUUCAGCUGGCUUUGGACCAGGCCUGAGGAGGGCCUUUCCGAGCUGGAUGCCAUUGACCACUGGAAGCUGUGUAUCCCCAGUCGCCGUUGUUCUUCUGUCCACUGUAACCAUUUCAAUUGCUGAUGUGUAAAUAAACCCCAUGCUGGGGGCUCUGCCGUGGGGGCCGCUCUUCAUUCGCUGUCUGAGCACCGGUGGUUCUGUGUGAUGCCCAUUGUAAUGUCACUGGGCCAUUGGAGCCCUCGCUGUAUAUUAAAGACUAAUUUAUGUAUUU